AUGGCGAUGAUAUUGGAUGCCUUCGUCUCCAUUUUUUUUGAACUACUGGUCGAGUCGGCGAAGAAAGAGGUUGACAUGCUCUUAGGUGUGCCUGGCGAGAUCAAAAAGCUCCAGAACAAGCUCCGUAAGAUCAGCAAUGUCCUUGCCGAUGCCGAGAGGAAGAGGAUCAAUGAUAAGAACGUGGAUGACUGGCUCAAGGAGCUCAAGGAUUUCAUGUACGAUGCUGAUGAUAUCCUCGACCUCUAUCGCAUCGAGGCCGACAAGUGUAGUGAAGCUUCUUCCUCCACUUCUUCGGUAUGCUUCCCCUUUCCCCUUCUGUCUUGCAUCAGAAAGCCUCUGGUUGCUCAUGAGAUUGGCACGAAAAUUAGAGAUCUCAAUCUGAAGCUUGAGAACAUCUCGAGGUUGAGAUCCGAUCUCAAUCUUGAGCUCACUUCCCAUGACAAGCAGCAAGUGACAUCUCCAAGUAGUCGCAUGACAUCUUCUGUAGGCGAUAUUGAUAUUGUAGGAUCUAAAAUUGAAGAGCACACUCAGAGCUUGGUUGAUUCGCUAAUUAAGGAUGACGGACGGAGAAACAUUCUUGUUUUUGCAAUUGUGGGUGCAGGUGGAAUUGGCAAGACCACACUUGCUCAAAGGAUAUAUAAUGACCAGAGGAUUCAGGAGGAGUUCUCAGUGAAGAAGUGGGUGUGUGUAUCGCAAGAGUUUGAUGACAUAAAUUUGCUGAAAGAUAUCUCCGGUGAGGCCCAAGAGCAAAGUAGGUCCUCGCUUGAGCCCAAAGUCGAGAGCAGUCUUGGGGGUAAGAAGGUGUUUCUUGUUCUUGAUGACAUUUGGACUGCAAAGGUUUGGUGUGACUUGUUAUGUAACACGUUAAAAAGUUGUGCUGCUGGCAGUAGGAUCCUUGUCACUACAAGAAAUGAACAGAUCACAAAGCAGAUGAUGGCAGUGCACACCCAUCACGUCCACAAACUGUCUUCAGAGGAUAGUUGGUCAUUGCUCUGCAAGAAGGUGGUCUUGACAGGAGAGGAGGGAGAGAUCCAGCAUCUCAAGGACAUAGGGAUGAAGAUUGUUGAGAAAUGUGAUGGCCUACCUCUAGCCAUCAAAAUGGUUGCAGGGGUGCUAUGCACGAAGGAGAAGACCAGGAGAGCUUGGAAUGGAGUUUUUGAAAGCACUGCAUGGUCCACAUCCGGGCUUCCUGAGGAGAUUAAGGGAGCAUUAUACCAAGAUCUACCCAGCUGUCUAAAGCAAUGUUUUAUAUACUGCUCAUUGUUUCCUGAAGACUAUAGAAUCCUUAAGAAGGAUAUUACUGCACUUUGGAUUGCUGAGGGAUUUGUGAAAGCUGAGGGGAGUUCGACUAUGGAAGAGACAGCAGAAGAGUACUGCAGAGAGCUGAUAAUGCGAAAUCUUCUACAGCCAUGUCUUGACGAUCAAAUGGCAUUCCAGAUGCAUGACCUCCUGCACUGUCUUGCUCGGUAUCUGGCACGAGAUGAGAGCUCGUUUCUCAGAAAGGGGCAUGAAGCAGGCAGCAGUAACGAGCCGAUGAAGCUGCGCAAGAGCAACCGGACAGAGGAAUACUACACGAUGGAAGAAUUAAGAUCUCUCUCGCGUCUCAUGGAUCUCUCAAUCAAUAAGUUGGAGUGCAUAUCCAGCAGCUUCGAGGCAAAAGCAGCCGAAAUUAGAAACAAAUCCAAGCUUACAACACUCGGGCUAAGUUGCACGCUAGACCUUCAACCCACUGAGGACGAGAUGAAGAGAAUCGAGGAGGUGUUUGAAGAGCUCCACCCUCCACGCUGCCUGGAAGAACUGAGGAUCUGGGGUUACUUCGGCUAUGAGUUCCCAAGGUGGAUGGCAGAGACAUCUGUUGAAUUAAAUUAA